AUGGCCGACCCCAAAGUCCCUCGCACCCCCAAAUGGCCGACUCACAACGCUCCUCGCGUCUGGUUUCUGACCUGCGCCAACAGUCCCAUCGGCAUCUCGCUAUGCCGACACCUCAUUGCACAUGGCGACUACGUGACCGCUGGAGUACAGCCGGCGGAGUUCGAGAGGGAGGAGGAGCGCAGCCGAGAUUUCAAGGACUUCCUAGAGGAACUGGCAUCUCCCUCGGCAGCGAGAGAUGGACUCGAAGAUGGAAAGAGUAAGGAAGAGCUAAGCGAGAAAGACCGAGAGAAGGUAGAAAAGGAAAAGAGAGAGAAAGAGCUUUACCGGAGUCGUCUACGCGUCGUAGCGUUGGACGUGAGAAUCAGGGGACAAUGUCAGUCGGCGGUCGCUGAAGCCGUGCGCUGCUUUGGUCGCGUAGACAUACUCUUCUGUUGCCAAUCGGAGGUGGUCGUGGGCACCAUAGAGGAGCUAUCUCAGAGCCCACGGACGUUGAGCCUGGUAAAAGACCAGUUCGAGACCAACUUCUUUGGACCCGUCAACAUUAUCAAGGCCACAUUACCCGUGUUUAGGUUGAAGAAGAAUGGUCACAUCGUCCUGCUGACUGCUGUGACUGGACAUCUAGGCACGCCCGGACUAGGUAUGUACUGCGCGAGCCAGUGGGCUAUCGAGGGUUAUUGCGACAGUCUGGCCUACGAGAUUGCUCCGUUCAACAUCAAGAUGACCAUCGUGCAGCCGAACAUGGAGAUCAACGUUCUGACGCACCGUAUCACCUCGGCUCCGCCAAUGGCCUGCUAUACGGACGAAAACAAUCCAGCACCACUAUCAAGGAACAUCCUGUCGUCCCUUCUGGAUCGCAUUGAAGGCUCCGACGAACCGACUACUGGGGAUCAACUACAUUCCAACGAAGUUACUAGCCUCUAUCCGCCAUUGAACAGGGGAAUGAAGGAGCGCCUUGUAGCAGAGACGGUCCACGCGGUGGCUGCAAUCGGUGGCCAUGAUAAUCCACCAGCGCGCCACAUCGUCGGAUUGGAGGGCAUUACGACUGUCAAAGAGAAGCUGAAGACUGUCAGUGAGGAGCUCGAAGAGUUCGUCGAGUGCAGCGGCGCAGUCGAUAUCGAGAAGACGGGCGAUGGCAAUUCAACUCCCGGCCAAGGCAACGCACUCCCUGGCUGA